AUGGCGGAAGAAGAGAAUAGCGGAACCUCCACGCCGCGGUCGUUCACGGGCCAGACCGUCUCCGCGGAGGAGAUGCUUAAGUCGCAAACUGUUGGCCUCGUCCAUCUAUCCGACUUUCGAAAGCGGCGCGCAGAGGUGCUGGAACAAAAAGAGCGCGAGGCGCAUGACAAGUCGCUAGGGCGACUGGCAUCUGGAAAUUCAAGAAGCGCAACUCCCUCCACAGGCGAAGUGACUGACGGGUCAACGCCUCCUCAGAGUGAUGGCCCCCCAAAAAGAAAGAAGAAGAAGGCUCUCGCCAAAAGCAAGCUUUCAUUCGGCGACGAUCAGGAUGAUACUGGGGAGGAAUCUGCCGCAACGCCACGCGAGUCAAGCAUCUCACGGUCUAGUUCGAAAACACCCGCUGAGGAUAGCGCGACUCGUCGCAUGAAAGCAAACCCGAAUGCACCUCCCCCGCCGAAGGCUUUGACCAAGGCAGCUCUGGAAGCUGAAGCGCAGGCCCGCGACGUUCUCCGCAAAGAGUUCCUUGCCAUGCAGGAAGCCGUCAGGAACACCGAAAUUCUGAUUCCGUUUGUUUUCUACGAUGGAACGAGUAUACCCGCGGGAUCGGUCAAAGUCAAGAAAGGUGAUCACAUUUGGUUGUUUUUGGACCGGUGCCGAAAGGUCGGUGCAGAGUUGGGUGUGCGCGGUGCCAAUGGCGCAUCCAAGGCAAAGAAGGACAACCGUCGAGAGUGGGCACGCGUUAGUGUCGACGACUUGAUGCUUGUCAAGGGCGAUAUCAUCGUUCCACAUCAUUACGAAUUUUAUUAUUUCAUUGCCAAUCGGGUUCCUAGUCUUUCGCGCGCUGGUGGCUUGCUGUUUGAUUACUCCAACAAGCCUCCAGUUGCCAACCCAAUUGCCAACCCAACAGACGAUCCCCUGUCCCGCUCUAGUGAUGAUCAACUAGAAGGCGCCGACAAAGAUUUCUCAGAGACCAAGGUCGUCGAUCGACGGUGGUACGAGAAGAAUAAGCAUAUAUAUCCAGCCAGUCUGUGGCAUGAGUAUGAGCCUGGGAAAGAAUUUGAAGAGAAGAUGACCUCAACAAGGCGCGAUGCACAAGGAAACACUUUCUUCUUCUAG